AGGAGUUCCCGCCCGGUGCCCCUCCGGUAUCCGUUCUGGUAACACUAUCUAGUAAUACUGGCAGUUGCUGUCUCUCAGUUUGUGACGAACAGCGUAGCAAACGUGGUAUGCUACUCUGCAUUAUUACUCCUGUGCUCUACAGUACGGUAUUUGCGUUAGUAAAAAACGCGUAUUUUCACUAAUAGAUCUCUUAAAGUUUCGAACUGAAAAUCAAAGUCGGAUUUUUGAAAAACCAAUUACGAUGGUAUCGGAUAUAACGAGUUUCUUUAACGGUAAAAAUGUGCUUGUUACUGGCGGUACUGGUUUCCUAGGAGUUUCUUUGAUCGAGAAACUAUUACAUUCAGUACCUGACCUGGGAAAUAUCUACAUAUUGGUUCGACCGAAGAAAGGAAAGUCAGCAGAAGAGAGAUUGAAGGACCUUCAACAAAAUUCGGUGUUCGACAGAUUGAAGGAAGAAAAUAAGACACAUCUUUUCAAAAAAUUAAUUCCUGUUGCGGGUGAUAUAGGAGAAGAAAAUUUAGGGCUAUCGUCUGCAGAUAGAUUGCUAUUGAUUGAAAAUGUUCAAGUUGUUUUUCAUACUGCUGCAACUUUAGAUUUCGAUGCAGAUUUAAAAACCACCACAAAUAUAAACUUAUUGGGAACACUCAGAGUUGUGGAACUUUGUCAAGAAAUAGAUCCUAAGGCAUUUGUACACGUUUCUAGUGCAUACGUUAAUUCAGUAUUAUUAGAAGUAGAAGAACGUGUGUAUCCUGCACCAUUCGAUGUAAAUGAAUUACUCAAAUUAGUGGAGAAAUUAGAUGAUAAAGCAUUAAUAGCAGAAACACCAAAUAUAUUGAAGGAUCAUCCAAAUUCUUACACAUUUACAAAACAUUUGGCUGAACAUGAAGUUAAAAAUGGAUAUAUUCCUUCUGCCAUUGUGCGUCCUUCGAUGAUAACAGGAGCAUGGAAGGAACCAGUCCCUGGAUGGACAAUAUCAAAGAAUGGUCCACAAGGAUUUUUAAUGGGUGCUGGCAAAGGUGUUGUACGAAGAUUGCCAAUAGCAAAGCAUCUAAUCUAUGAUUACAUUCCAGUGGAUAUUGUUGUAAAUUGUCUUAUUGCUGCAGCCUAUGCAGUAAGCCAAGUUGGCGGACGAGAAUUAAAAGUAUAUCAUUGUACAUCCAGUACAACCAACCCUUUCAGAUGGGUAUUCGUGGAAUCGAAAAUAAACAGCUUUUUGCAUAAAUAUCCAUUACUUAGUGCAGUGUGGUAUCCACACCUUAAAUUUGUAUCGUCGAUCUUUUUAUACAAGCUAUCUGCAAUUUUCGUACAUUUAAUUCCUGCAUAUAUUUUGGACACAGUUACUAGGCUAUCAGGAGGACGUCCUAUAUUAGUACGAUUACACAACAAUAUUAACAGAUCAUUAGGUCGCCUAAAAAUAUUUAUCUUUACUGAAUGGAAAUUUCAUAAUCCCAAUAUGAUUCAAUUGCACAAGUCUCUAUCAGAAGAGGAUAAAGAACUUUACAAUCUAGAUAUAACGUCACUAGCAUGGGAUGAUUAUUUUCUAGCCCUGGUACGAGGAGUUAGGACAUAUCUGCAUAAAGAAUCUCCAAAAACAUUGGAAAAAGCACGUUCCAAAGAUAAAGUAUUGAUGGUUGCAAAUUUGGGCUUACAAUUGUCGCUGUUAGGAUUCAUUUGGUGGUUAGUUAAAACUGUAUUUUCCAGUACAUGGACCAAUACGGGUUUGAUUAUUCCAAUUAUGUGUCUCAUUUUUGAUCAAUUAUAAGUAUUCUACAUCGAAAUCUUACAUGGAAAGUACUGGCAAAGAAGACAUCAUUUGUUAAUACAAACUUGCGUCAAAACGCGUUGCAUUAUUAUUAAUCGUUUUAGUAAUGUUUUGUUAAAAUUGCAAUGAAAUUUAUACAUUUCCAUAUAGUUCCAUUAUACUCUUAACGGUGUUGGAAUAUAAAAUGAUAUAAGUAUUAUUAUAAAAUACCUACUUUUUUAUAUAUUUUGAUAUAUUAGCAUUGUUAUAUUAAAAGAGUUAAUAAUGGUUACUCUCUUUAUUUCCACAACGUUAUCGAUUUCCUCACUCAGCUGUCUCCCCCCUUUCAUAUCAUUUCUUUACAUAUAUCGAUUGCAGUAGCAUUUUUAAACAUAUACAUGUUGACAGACAUUACCUUGCAUACGUAUAAACAUAUUAUGGCGUUAUCGUGAUACAUGUUAUUUAUUAUUAUUUUAUUACUUAUAAUAUCUUCUAUUUUUAUUAUAUGUAUAUGUAUACACAUAUAAAUACAUAUAUGUACGGUAUAUGCACCAUUCGCUAUUAUCCGUACUUUCAACUAUUCGCGGAGAAGUUUGGAACCGAUCUUCUGCAUAGAUAGGGGUUCUACUGUAUACAUAUAAUAUCAUCGUUAAAUUUUUUUAUGCUAAAAACUGGUAACAGACUUUAAUAAACAUAAGUUAAUAAAUAAAAACAGAAUUUUGUAGGAUGGACUUUAAAAUAAAACAAGUGAGUAAGACAGAUUUACAGAAUUAUUGUGUUUUUUUUUAAAUGGGACGUAUAAAAAUUAGAGGCAUUCUUACUAAAUCGAUUGUAUAUUUGGUAAUUAUAACUAUCGUAUGUACCAAAAUUGCUAAUAAAUCUCAUGUCGUUGAAAAAAUUUUUGUUUGUUCCUCGGAGUAAUUGUUUAAUUUAUUGUAUGAAUUGGUCAAUUUGAAUAUUAUUUUUUUCAGUUUUAUUACAUUUCUUGUUUCUGCUUAAUCCUUCGAAUGGUUGGAAAAGAUUGGGAACCCCUGCCUCAAAAUAUAGAAACAGUUAUUCAGAGUAGGGCAAAGAACUGCAGAACGUAGGAAUGCGAGAGAAGGUAGAGUGGGGAUAAUGUACAUUAGGAUUAGGUUAGAGUAGACGUAACGGAAAGGAGAAAAUAUACAGUAAAGAAGAAAUAUAGUAUAUGCUAUAUA